UACAUCUUCAUGGCCCAACAGUCCAAUUUCUUCUUUCAUCUGACCAGAGAACACUCCUCCAAAAGGCUGGGUCUUCAUCCUGGUGAUGAUCAAUCUUCAGUCUGACUUUUUCGUCGCUCUUGCACGACUUUGCCUUUCGGACCAGCGGUGAACGUACACACCUGGUACCUCCAACUCGGUCAACGCGGUGCAUUAAACUUUUGACCCGCUGGAAUUCCGAUAUAGUCGAUCGGAUCUUAAAUAAGUCCGUUUCCAAUCGAUGACCUCGGAUGUGAACAAACUAGAUGCGCUAAUUUACGUAAAAUAAAACUGUAUGAUAACAUGAACCGUGUGGAAAAACUGAGGUUGUGGAAUUUCUUCUGCCUAGGUGUAUGUAAACCUUUGGCCCCAACUGGAUUAUAAACUACAACUGCUAGAAAUCAGGCUAGACAGAACACACUCUAACCAAACAAACUAAUCCUACUUAGUGUGCUUUAAUGUGUGUUAUAUAAAAGCGACUUAUUGUCUAACGCUGCAUUUAUUCGAUUUAGAAGCAAGGAUGCCCUGCGAUGGAUUGGCACCCUGUCCAGGGUGUACCCCGCCUUGUGCCGAUGCUCCCUGGGAUAGGCUCCAGGUUUCCCCGCGAUCCUGAAAAGGAUCAAGCGGUAUAGAAGAUGGAUGGAUGGAUACUUCUAGAAGAGAAAAGUCCCAGGUUCUUACAGGAGGCGUUGUAACAUUUCCAGACAGGCAGGUGGUUCAGCUGCCUUGUAGCUCCAGGGUCCCCAGCUCAGGUUACUGUGUGUGCGUGGAUUUUCUCCGGUUUCCUCCCACCUCCCAAAAACAUACCAGAAGGUGGACUGGCUAAGAAACUCUCCAUAGGGGUGUGUGUGUGUGUGUGUAAGGGGCACUGUGAUGGACUGGACCUGUACUGCUGCAGUUUCUCCCUAACCUAGUAACACUCGCACUGAUGUUGCACUGUAAACUGAUAUAGCGACGGCAGUGAUACUAGUGUAUUCAGUUAUCGUGCACUUCGCCGCCUCACACCGCUCCACCCUGUCCUGAAGGUCUACAUCUCUCUGUGCCGAGCUGCAGCCUGCAGUGCAGAGAAAAGUGAGUUAGAGAAAACACACACCACAGGACUGCAUGGGAGGAGAACGAGGAACGAGGCUGAGAGAGACGAGAAAACAAAUCGAACGGUCUCUCAAUAGAAAACGGUGUGCUUGUUAAAGCCAAGUACGGUGUGUCUUGGACACUGAAUGAAAUAUGAAACAUUAUUAACACAUUCUGUGCUUGAAAGAACGUCCUGCUUUGCUUGACUGCUUCACUAUUGCCAGAUGUUCUCUCCAAAGCAAUUCAAAAAGUGAGGCAGAAUUCAAUCUGAGCAAAGAGCUGAGGGUGAAAGGUCUUGUUGUAAGCUCUGAAGCAGUGCCGAGAUGACUUCGGUUUCCAAUCCGACUCAUACAGUGCAGUGAAAGAAGGAACCAUGUCGGCGUCAGAGUGCCGUAGCAGCUGUUCCUGCAGCAGAGAGAUGUCCCUGAACACCAUUCAGCCCCAGCUGUCCUCUCUGAAGACAUGUCAGACGGACAUCAGCACAGGGAUGGACAUUGUGUCAGAAGUCGCUCUGGAUCUGGUCGAAGCUCAAGCUACAGAUGACAGUCCAGGUCUGAAGAAACUGGAUCAGAUGAUGUUGGAAUGUGCCAAACUGGACAGAGAGAUCAACUGCUUUGUGGAAUCUGUCGAGCAGAUGGUUGCUCAGGUGAGACACGAGCCUCCAGACGCCAUGUUCAAGCUGAAAGACUCAGUAAAGGAGCGAUUUGCUGAACGAACGGCUGCGGUCUCCGAUGCUGACGUUGAAAAACACAGUAAAGUGGUAGCCUUCCGAGACAGCAUCAGGAAAUCUCUGCAGCAAGUAAAUCAGAUGGCAGGAGGAAGUGUAGAAGAGGAGCUGGAUGAAGACAUUGCUGUAACACAGAGCCAGACGAACUUCACAUGUCCUCUUACCCAGGUUGAAAUGGUCAAUCCAAUGAAAAACAAGAAGUGCCAGCAUUACUACGAUCAGGAGGCCAUUCUGUCCGUCAUUAAGAUGAAGCAUACCAAUAAGAAGAAAUGUCGCUGUCCCGUGGUCGGCUGUGGAAACAUGGACGUCAAGGAAUCAGAUCUGGAAUCAGACCCGGUUAUGAGGAGAAUGAUACAGAACUAUAAGAGACAGAGUGGAAAGAGCUGAGUCGGACUCGGGGACUCGAGGCAUAUAUAUAACUUCACCCAUUGAGCAAAUGCAAAAAAAAAAAAAAAAAAGUAAAUAAAUUAAUUUUUCAAAAAAACAAUUAAAUGUUAAAUAUGUAUGUUCAUGAUCAUGUCUGCGUUCAUCAAUCUAGACAUAUUCAUACAUGACUCGUGCAGGGAUUUUAUUCACUGUGGACUUGACUCAUUGUUAAUCCCUGUAAAAACAUGUUUUAUUUCUUUCACAUUCACAAACUUCAAACCAGAGCCUGAUUUUUAUUCUGUAGAAACGUUACUGUAAUAUAAUUCAGAUCUUACAACAGCCAUGAAAGUUCAUCGUCUUUCCUCAAAUCGCACUGCAUGAGAAGGUGAACACUGCAGGAUACUAACACCAUCAGGGGUCCUACACAAUAUUCUGGUGUUGGUAACAAUUCACAGUGCAAAUCGUAUUUUUGUCUGCACCUUACCAGGUUUCCCACUUCAUCGCGACCAUUCAAACUCUCUGUGGAAACGGAGUGUUUUAGGAAACGGUUCCUGACGUGACUCUAAAAAGCACCUCGGGCGUCCGUGUCCUAUUUUUUCUGUAAAGUUUUUCAGAAGCGGGAUUGAUCGGGACGAGACAGUACCCUCCGUAGUGGAGUUUUUCCCUUCAACAGGUCUCCUGCUGGACACUGAAGUUAAGAAAACUCAGAUUUUCACCUUUGUAAAUUGGACUGAAUCCCUUUAAACACCAGCAAUGCCAACGGUGCGUAUAAAUCCAGUUGCAUUUAGCAUGAAGGAUGAAAUUUUACUUAAAGCAGGUUUUAUUGGUUCUUCUCAUCAUUCCAGCCCCUCAUAAUGACUUAAAGUAAUUACAAUAAAUUCUACUUGUAUUUUUAAAAAAAAGGAAUUCCUGAUUUGACCUGGUAUUGAAAACACUUGCGUGAUUAUGAAUGUGAACCAGCAUAUAAAUUUGGCCCAAGGCCAAUCCAAGCUCUGACGAUUUUUUUUUUUUUUCCUAGUCAGAGACAAAGGGACACGGAAACGUUCUUGGCAUUACAGUACAGCGCACUACCACUUAGAGAUGAGAGAUCUUGCAUAAGAGAGAGCUUGUUCUCUGCUUUUAUUUUAUACCUGAACAUUGACAGGGACAGAGAGUAAAUUACACUGGGGGAAAUAAGUAUUGGACGCAUCAACAUUUUUUUCAGUGAAUAUAUUUCCAAUGAGGUUAUUCACAUGGAAUUUUCACCAGACAGCAGUAUUAACUCAAGAAAUCCACACAUUAAAGUCCAUAAAUGAAGUUAUGUGUAAUAAAGAGGAAUGACACGGGGAAAAAUGACACGCUAACGGAAAUGUAUUUAAUACUUAGUGGAGAAGCCUUUGUUUGUAUUGACGGCUUCAAAACGUUUCCUGCAUGAAGAAAUGAAUGGGCCGCAGUGUUCAGGUGUGAUUUUGGCCCAUUCUUCUAAACAUAUUGUCUUUAAAUCUUGUUCAGUUGGAUUCAAGUCAGGUUAUUGACCUGG